AAUGCCUUUUUCUGACGUCAUCACAAUCCGGAAGAGUUGGGUUCACAACAAGGACAGCAGCAGCUGCGUGGUCUCCUGACUUGUAAAACCCGGCAUGACGGGGGCAGCGGUGCUGAGGGCUCUCCGGACCCUCUCCGGCAGGUUCCCAGCCCCGGUGGAGUCCGUUCUGCCGCCGGCCUCCUGCGUGCUGUUCCCGGCGUGGAGGACCUCUGCCGUCCGGACGCUGCAGCUGAGCCCCGCCUUGUGUGCGGGACACAACAAGUGGUCAAAGGUGAAACACAUAAAAGGACCCAAAGAUGAGGCACGAGGAAAAAUGUUUAUGAAAUUUGGCAUGAUGAUAAAGAUAGCUGUGAAAGAAGGUGGACCCAACCCAGACCAUAAUAUAAACUUAGCCCACAUCCUGGAGCAGUGCAGGAGCAAGAAUAUGCCUAAAGCAUCCAUCGAGACUGCGAUCAAGAGUGCGGAAAAGGCUAAACCAGCAUCCCAGCACAUGUUUGAAGCUCGGGGGCCCGGUGGAUGCCUGAUGCUCAUCGAGGUCCUGACUGACAACAACUCCCGCUGCCAUCAGGAAAUCAAACGCCUGCUCACCAAAAAUGGAGGGAUGCUGUCAGAUGGAGCCCGUCAUAACUUCAGCAGGAGGGGGGUGGUGGUGGUGCCGGGACGAAACGUGACGACGGAGCGAGCUCUGGAACUGGCCAUUGAGGCAGGAGCCGAGGAUGUCCAGGAGACCGAGGAUGAGGAGGAGCAGCCCCUCCUGCAGUUUAUUUGUGAUAUGUCGGACCUGAAGAAGGUGCGGGGCUCGCUAGAGGAGCUGGGAAUGCAGAUCACGUCCGCUGGGUUGGAGUUUAUCCCCCGCACCUUCUCCUCUCUGGACCAGGACCAGCUGGACGCUACUUCAACGCUAAUAGAAGCCCUCAAUGACUAUCCAGACGUAGUGCGAGUCUGGGACAACAUCCAGGCCCACAGCUGAGAAUGUCUCUGGACACUUAGUGGACACUGAAGAUCUUACAUGUGGAAUAUUUCAUUUCAGAAAGGAGAAAGGAUCUGCCAACAAAUACCUUGUACAUCAGUGGGUGAUACAGCUGCCUGUCAGUGCUUGUUAUGUCAACAUGAAGAAUAGACAUUAACAGUGUGAAAAUAUGAGUGUAUCAGCCAUUUUAAUGCUGUUUGAAAGGAGAAAAAACUGAAAUUAUGGUCCUUGUUGAGAUAUAAAGUUAUAUUUUAACUCAAAUAUCUUCAGACUGCAUCAAUCUACAGAAGUUCUUUAGCAGUCGACCUUGAGCAUACAUACAGAAGCCAUCCCUGAGAUACACUGCCAUCAGUGCUCUUCAGAAUAUUCCUUUAAGUUAUGAUUUCAAGAUGUUUUGUAAAAAUGUCUUCUUUGGUGAAGCACAUGAAAUAACAUCUGUAUCUGCUCAUUUGUUGGUAGAGACCCAAUUCGUCCAGUAGGUCUUUAAAGGUUAAAAGUAAGAGUAAAUAUUGUCAAUAUGAUUGAAAUCUUUCUCGCAGUAUUAAUGAGGAUAUUUUCUGAUAUAGAUAAAUAUCAACCAAAUGUAUGUAACAUCACGUAAAGGAUAAUCAAACUGAUGUUCUUUGGAAUUAACUGUGUUUCAUUGUUGCGUGUGGAAAACAAAAACUUCUGUGACUAGUUUUGUUCAUAUUUAACUACAGCUUGCCUGGAAUCAUUCAUUUGGACACCACAAAUAAUAAAAUCAACAAGAUUGUGCUGAAA